AUGCCACUAAGAAGUUCGCGAGUGCGCCGCAUUUUGCUUGUAACGGCAGCGGCGGUGGCAAUUGCAUGUUCAGUCGGUACCUCUUUCACUGACGAGAGCGAUGAGGUCUCAGUGGACCGCACGGCGUCAGAGCCGGAUGAGAAUCUGGUCACAGUGGCUGAGUUUAUUGCCACGAACGAGUGGCAGGAGCUGCUGCCCGGACAGGGCGUCCCGCCCGGACUCCACGUACGCAUGAACUUGGAAACGGGGAAGCGUGAAGCAAAGUUGCUGGAUCCUGAAGAACAGGACGCUGAAGAGUCCAUGAGAUCAGUGAUCGUUGACCCGAAUACGAAGGACAGGACCGUGACUGUUUCCACCAGUGUUUCCGGAGAUAUUGUGGCUGAAGAGAUGGAGGAGGACGACACGCUUGCGGUGAUUGACGAGGAAGGUCUGAUGGACGAGAGCACUCGCGCGAAGUCUGCUGCGGACGAAGGAGUUGGGGAGUUUGAGCCCAACUGGAACCACGAGAAAAUCUACGACGUGCUGCAGGCACUGCCUGAGCCACCGAAAGUCGAAGGCAUGGACAUCCACGAAGCCCAUGAAAAGCUGUCGCCUGCUGCAUUUCGUCAGCAGAUUGUCGCACUGUGGAAGAAACGCCAAGCCGAGCUGAAAGAGGCGUUUGAGUCGCUCCAGGACGAUGCAAAGUAUCUGGGCAAUUUGCUGGAACAGUUCACGGAAGCUGAGCACAAUAACGAUACCAGGGGCCAGUUGUCCGUGCUCGAGGUGUUGGAGUGGGAGGUGCAGGACCUAGACAAGACCCAUGUUUUCAACUUCAUUGGCGGAUUCGGCAUCAUUUCGGAGUACCUCACUUCGGCCAAUUUACCUGUCCGGGCGCAUGCCGCCUGGGUCGUUGGAUCUGCUACAAAGAAUUACAAGGACGCCCAGGAGUGGGCGAUCGACGCCGGCGUUGUGCCGAAGUUGGUCAGCUCGUUGUCGUUGGAUGUCCCAGAAGACAAGGAAGCAGCCAAGGAUGUCUUGGAAGUCAAGAAGAAGGCAAUCUAUGCUCUAUCCUCGAUUGUGCGAUCGAACGAGCGUGGUCAGCGAUUGUUUCUGCUGCAUGACGGACCCGAGCUCUUGGCACGAAUGAUCGACGACGCGCAUCCGGAUCGGCUUCAAUUGAAGGUACUUUAUUUCGUGUACGACCUGCUGGCGGAAGCAGCCGACAGCAAGUUGCGACCUCGUGGUGAUCAUCCAGCGCCUUCCACGCUGACCGAACUCGAAGCGAUAUUCCAGUCGACGAAAUGGUGUGCGCGCGUUGCCACGACGUUUGUCAAAACGGCUUCGAUUCUCGUCGAUCGAGAGGUAAUUGAGCUCGUGGACGCCAUGCGGCACCAAUUGCCUGCGUGCAAAGACGUGCAUCGAGCUUCGGGUGUCCAGUCGGUGGUGGAGACGCUGGCCCAGAGCUUUGCCGCUGACUUGGAGCGCGACAAUGAGGAGAAGAAGGAGCUGGCGCUGUUUUUCGACGACUUUGUGAGUCGGGUGUCGUCAGCAGAAUGA